AUUUUUAACAGUGCUGUCACACCACGUGUUAGUAUCCCUCCACUUCCUCUUUCUCAACAACGUGAAACGAAGCGAACAUGAGCACGCUUCGUUUACAGAAACGGCUUGCAGCCGCAGUGCUCAAAUGUGGUAAAAACAAAGUGUGGUUGGAUCCCAAUGAGACCAAUGAAAUUGCCAAUGCUAAUUCAAGACAGAAUGUGCGUAAACUAGUUAAGGAUGGUCUUAUCAUCCGGAAGCCUGUCAAGGUACACUCCCGAGCCCGUGUUCGCAAGAACACCAUCGCUAGGCGGAAGGGUCGUCACAUGGGUCAAGGCAAGAGGAAAGGUACAGCUAAUGCCAGAAUGCCGGAAAAGAUCAUCUGGAUCCGCCGUAUGAGAGUCCUCCGCAACCUGCUUCGCAGAUAUCGGGAAGCCAAGAAGGUCGAUAAGCACCUUUACCAUGAGUUGUACAUGAAGUGCAAAGGUAAUGGCUUCAAGAACAAGCGUGUCCUCAUGGAGCAUAUCCACAAGAGGAAGGCUGAGAAGCAGAGAUCCAAACUGCUCAGCGACCAAGCCGAGGCUCGCAGACAGAAGGUCAAGGAGGCCCGCCGCCGUAGAGACGAGCGCAUUCAGCAGAAGAAAGCAGAGAUGCUCAAGUCCUACCAUAAGGAGGAUGAGGCAUCCAAGAAAUAAGCACUUCUGUACAAUUGGUGUAAAAUAAAAAAAAUUAAAAGACA